AAAACUGAGUAAUGCAGAACUAAUAGCAGCCAAACUCAUUUGUCUGCUCACUUUCGAUUCUAAUUCUGUCUACUCUCAAUCUCAUGGCGAUAGCUAGUAUCCUGGCUUCAACCCAAAACCCCUUUUUACGUCUAAGUCAACCACCAUCUCCGGUGAGCCGCUCCGUCGUCUUCCGCCGCUAUCUUGAGCCCUGUGGCAGACGAUGGAUUCCCAGAUCCAUUAGAGCAUGCCAAUCUUCCGACAAGCUUGGUGGUGACGGAGCCAUUUCAGCUUCAGCUCAAAGAUUUCAUUUUGGCAAGGAAUUUAUGAGUUUUGUUUCAGAUAAUUUCUUGCCUCUAGCUCUUGUUAGUGGAGUGGCUUUGGGCUUUGCAAAUCCAACUCUAGGCUGUCUUGCUGACAAAUACUCCUUCACUAAGAUCAGCACAUGUGGGAUAUUUAUUAUAUCAGGGUUGACUUUACGUACUGAAGCGAUUGGUGCUGCUGUUAAAGGAUGGCCUCUUGGAGUCUUCGGGCUAAUCUCUAUUUUGUUGCUCACUCCAUCCUUCUCAAGGCUAAUUAUGCUGGUCCAACUCCAACCUCGCGAACUUGUUACAGGGCUGGGUAUAUUUUGCUGUAUGCCAACCACCUUAUCAAGUGGUGUUGCCCUUACUCACCUUGCUGGUGGCAAUGCUGCUCUUGCUCUUGCUGUGACAGUGGCGUCUAACUUAUUAGGAAUUUUAACUAUUCCAUUUUGGGUAUCAAGAUACAUAGCUGGGGGAGUAGGGGUUUCGUUUCCUACUGACCAACUAUUCAGAAGUCUUAUAGUUACUUUGUUAAUUCCUUUAAUCAUUGGCAAGGUUAUUCGAGAAUCAUUCAAAGGUUUCGCAAACUUUGUUGACAAUAACCGUAAACUCUUUUCGAAAAUCAACGCAAUCUGCCUCAGUUUGGUGCCAUGGAUCCAAGUGAGCAGGUCAAGAUCACUGCUACUAUCCGUUAAGCCUAAGGUGUUUCUUGCUGCCGUUGGCAUUGGAAUAUUGCUGCAUCUUUCUCUACUAGCAUUCAAUGCUGUUUCAAUCCGCAUCCUCUCGGGUGUUUCAGGUGGUAGUAAGAACUCCAAGGAAAACACCACUGCAGUCUUGCUCGUUUCGAGCCAGAAAACAUUACCUGUAAUGGUGGCGGUAGUAGAGCAAUUAGGAGGUGCAUUUGGUGAGACAGGGCUUUUGGUUCUUCCAUGUGUAGCUGCACACCUAAACCAGAUCAUGAUUGAUUCAGUUCUUGUUAACUUAUGGCGCAGGAGGGGUAAAGAUACUUCGACUGGUGUAAAGACAGCCUGAGAGAUAUAGAAAGAUAUGAAACCAAUGUUGUGGUGAAGAAACACAUUCAAUGAUGUGAAGUCUUUCGAACCAUUGACGAUCUUUCUGAAUGCUCGAGAGAUUCGGUUUUCCGGUCGAGUUCUAUUGGUGUUUGCUGAUUCCAUUUGUAUGAUUUCUGAAAGAACCAUGUAAAAAGAAUCUUGUAUAGUAGUUAUAUCUAAUAGUUUAUGACUACCUCAAAUAAGACGACCACCAGGCGGACAAAGUCUUGAAAAGGAAUA